AUGUCGUCAUUUUUCACUGCUCCAGCCUCAGAAAAGAAGAGGAAGCGUGCAGCCACUGCCGAUGCGCCGAAAAAGCGGCUCGCAACCACCAAAUCGUCAUCAAAAUCUGGGUCCAAGGCCCCCACCAAGGCCGCGGCUCCCGCAUCCAAGAAGAAGGCCAUUGAGCGCGAUGAAUCGAUAUCUGGCAGCGAUCUCGACAGCGAUCUGAGCGGCGAUGACGAGUUCAUCGAGCGGAGAAGUUCUGAUGCCGGCUCGGGCGACGAGUCUGAGAAGGAAGGUGAGACGGCGGCCGAGAAGCGUUUGAGGCUGGCCCAGCGCUACCUUGAGAAAACGCGCAAGGAAGUCGAGCAGUUGGACGAAUACGCCUUCGAUGCCGAGGAGAUCGAUCGCGACCUACUCGCCGAGAGGCUCAAGGAGGAUGUUGCCGAAGCUAAGGGCAAAGUAUACCGCAGACUGGCCUCAGAGCUGGCCUUCGACAAAGCCACAUACACUCAGUUUCGUUGGAACUCGGGCACCGUCACAUCCGUCGCCGUGUGCCCUCCUUACGCCUACACAACGACAAAGGAUGGUUACCUCACAAAGUGGAAGCUGCAGGAUCUUCCCAAGAACCAGUGGCCCCAGACAACCAAGAAAAAGCCCAAAAAGCCCCCUGCGCCGCCGAAGAAGCGCCCCGAAAGGAUAUGCUUCGCCAAAGCUGACGCCCGAAAAGCCAACGACAAAACUUAUCAAGGCCAUCUCAAGGCCCCUCUCGUCGUCAAGGCCUCCCAAGACGGCAAAUUCGUCGUAACCGGCGGUGCCGACAAGCGCCUGGUAGUCUACAACGCCGCUGACCUCAAGCCCAUCAAAGCUUUCACACAACAUCGCGACGCCGUAACAGGCCUUGCCUUCCGCCGUGGCACGAACCAACUUUAUUCCUGCUCCAAGGACCGCACCGUCAAGGUUUGGUCUCUCGACGAGCUUGCCUACGUAGAGACCCUCUUCGGCCACCAAGACGAAAUCCUUGACAUCGAUGCCCUCGGCCAAGAGCGCUGCGUCAGUGUCGGCGCGCGCGACCGGACCGCUCGCUAUUGGAAGGUCCCUGAAGAAUCUCAGCUUGUCUUCCGCGGCGGCGGCGAGGGCGGCAGCAGCAACACCAAGAAGCAUAAGCUCCCUCCUGGGAUGGAUCCAGCCUCUGCCGCGCACGAGGGCAGCAUGGACCGCGUGGCCAUGAUUGACGACGACAUGUUCGUUACCGGCAGCGAUAACGGUGACCUGGCGCUGUGGAGCAUCCAGCGCAAGAAGCCUCUACACGUUAUUGCUCGGGCACACGGUCUCGAGCCGCCGAUUAAGUUGGAGGAUUACUCUGCUGAUGAGAUUCCUGAUCCGAGUAUCAUUCCUGCACCGCAGCCGCGGGGUAUUACCGCGCUGCGGACGCUGCCUUAUUCGGAUUUGAUCUUCAGCGGUAGCUGGGACGGUUGCAUCAGGGUGUGGCGGUUGAGCGAGGACAAGCGGAAGCUUGAGGCUGUUGGCAUCCUCGGCGUGGGCAGCGAGACCUGCGAAAACAGCACAAAUAUCUCUAACGGUGCAACUAGUAAUGGCGAGUCCUCCUCCACAUCCUCCUCCACAACCCUCGCUGCGCAAUCCUCAUCCUCAUCCUCACCACCGCCUAGCCAACCUAAGGACCUAGUCCGCGGUAUUGUAAACGACAUCGCCCUCUUUGAGCGGGGCGAGCGUGGCCGCGAUGGUCUGUGUGUGGUGGUCGUCACGGGCAAGGAGAUGCGGUUCGGUAGGUGGAAGUACAUGAAGGAGGGGCGUUGCGGAGCAGUGAUUUUUGAGGUCCCUAAGGUGGAAAAGAAGAACAAGAGGAAGAAUGAGGACAAGAAAGAGGAGGUUAAUGGGGUUUAUAAGGAGUAG